GUAUAUGUGAGCAUUGGGCAACGGGUCUAAACUGAGAGGAGUAAUGAGGCAACGAAUGCUGGGUCCAGACCUCUGGCCAACGCUCCUCUGUCUCCAGCUGCUGUGGCAGGUUGGUGAGGGCAAGUGUGUCAAGGACAAUUAUGUAAUCAAUGUGAUGCAGCUGAAUCACACAGACCUUCCAUGGACCUUCGAUAAAAUAAAACCAGCUGUCCAGCUGGGACUAAGUAUGGUAGAAGAGGAGCUGAAGAAUGCAGGAAAAAAUGUGAAACUCAAUGCCACCUACCAUGACUUCAACACAUCACUGUAUGUCUCACAGGGCUGUCGCACUACCACCUGUGAGGGUCUGGAGGUCAUCAAGCAGCUCUAUAAUAGCGGCACACUUGGCUGCGUUGUCCUGGGACCCACUUGUACUUAUGCCACGUACCAGAUGUUCUACGUUGACACAAUAUUGGGCCUCCCUCUGAUCUCCGCAGGGAGCUUUGGGCUGUCAUGUGACUACAAAGACAACCUAACUCGAAUCCUGACUCCAGCCAGAAAACUGAUCUACUUCUUUGUUGAUUUCUGGGAAGAGUCCAAAUUGCCAUUCAAAACCAACUCUUGGGAAUCCACCUACCUCUAUAAGACAAAUGACAUCCCAGAAGACUGCUUCUGGUACCUCAAUGCACUAGAGGCUGGAAUCUCAUACUUCUCUUUAAAGCUGACGUUCAAAGAGGUUUUAAGGACACCAGAAAAAUUAAAGAAAAUUGUGAAGGAUCAGACCCGGAAAAGCAAUGUGAUCAUCAUGUGUGGCUCUCCAGCUGAGGUCAAGACAAUCCUAGAGGGAGAGAAAGUAGAUGAGGACAUAGUCAUCAUCCUGGUGGAUCUUCACAAUAACAUGUACUUUCAGAACACCACAUCAGACAAUUAUAUGCGGAAUGUCCUUGUCCUGACGCUGCCACCACCCAGUUACAGACCAAAUUCCACGGAUGAAUACCUGCUGAAUAAUGACUAUAUUGUUGGCUAUUUGGAUGGAGUCUUGCUCUUUGGACACGUCCUGAAGAAACUUCUGCUCUCCCAACAGUCAGUUGGGAGUCCUGCUGAUUUCAUUGAACAUUUUCGGAACAUCACAUUUAAAGGUGCAUUGGGUCCAGUAACCCUGGAUGAAUUUGGAGAUCUUGAUGUCAAUUUGUCCCUAUUGUAUACAUCAGUAGAUACCUAUCAAUUCCGGCCCCUCCUGCAGUAUGACACUCAUCAGAAUAAGACAAAACCAAUGACUACCAGCCCAUCUUUCAGCUGGAGGAACCAGAAGCUGCCUAGUGACAUUCCAAGUGCUGGCCCGCACAUCCUGACUAUCGCUGUCUUUGCACUCACAGGGACCGUGGUGUUGGUUGUGAUCAUCGCUCUGCUGGUGUUGAGGAAAUACAGGAGAGAUAUUGCACUUCGGCAGAAGAAAUGGUCUCACAUACCACCUGACAAGAUCCUGCCUCUGGAGACCAAUGAGACAAGCCACGUCAGUCUGAAGAUUGAUGAAGACAAGAGGCGUGACACAAUCCAGAGACAGUGCCAAGCCAAAUAUGACAAGAAGGUGGUGAUCCUGAAAGAUCUCAGACAUGAUGGGAAUUUCACAGAGAAACAAAAGAUAGAACUGAACAAGCUCUUCCAGAUGGACUAUUACAACCUGACAAAAUUCUAUGGCACAGUGAAGAUGGACACGAUGAUCUUUGGGGUGAUUGAAUACUGUGAGAGAGGAUCAUUGAGGGAUGUCUUAAAUGAUAAGAUCUCCUACCCAGAUGGCACCUUCAUGGACUGGGAGUUUAAAAUCUCUGUCAUGUAUGAUAUUGCCAAGGGAAUGUCCUACCUACACUCAAGCAAAACUGAGGUCCAUGGCCGCCUCAAGUCCACAAACUGUGUAGUGGACAGUCGCAUGGUGGUAAAGAUCACUGAUUUUGGCUGCAAUUCCAUUCUUCCUCCAAGGAAAGAUCUGUGGACAGCUCCUGAACACCUUCGUCAUGCUGAUGUGUCUCAGAAAGGUGAUGUAUACAGCUAUGGAAUCGUUGCACAGGAGAUCAUCUUGCGCAGGGAGACCUUCUACACUAACUUCUGCCGGGACCAUAAAGAGAAACUUUACAGAGUGGAGAGUGGCAAAGGAGUUAGACCCUUCCGCCCAGACCUGAUCCUAGAGACUGCAGGAGAAAGAGAGCUGGAAGUGUUCAUGCUUGUAAAAAGUUGCUGGGAGGAAGAUCCAGAGAAAAGACCUGACUUUAAGAAAAUUGAGAGCACUCUGGCUAAAAUAUUCAGUAACUACCAUAGUCAGACCAAUGAAAGCUACAUGGAUACCUUGAUCCGGCGUCUGCAGCUGUAUUCCCGGAACCUAGAGCACCUGGUAGAGGAGAGGACGGAGCUAUACAAGGCAGAAAGGGACAGAGCGGACAGGCUUAACUUCAUGCUGCUCCCACGGCCAGUGGUAAAAUCUUUGAAGGAAACUGGGCGGGUAGAGCCAGAGCUGUUCGAAGCAGUCACCAUCUAUUUCAGCGACAUUGUCGGCUUCACCACGCUAUGCCAAUACAGCACCCCCAUGGAAGUGGUGGACAUGCUCAAUGACAUCUAUAAGAACUUUGACCACAUUCUCGACCAUCAUGAUGUUUACAAGGUGGAGACCAUUGGUGAUGCGUACAUGGUGGUGAGUGGCUUACCAAAGAGAAAUGGCAACCGCCACGCAGUGGACAUCUCUAUGAUGGCACUGGAUAUCCUUAGUUUCAUGGGAUCCUUUGAAUUACGACAUCUUCCUGGCCUGCCUGUUUGGAUUCGCAUAGGGAUUCACUCUGGUCCAUGUGCUGCUGGUGUGGUUGGGAUUAAGAUGCCUCGUUACUGUUUAUUUGGAGACACGGUUAACACAGCUUCAAGGAUGGAAUCCACAGGUUUACCUCUACGGAUUCAUGUAAGUGCAUCUACUAUCGCCAUCCUGAAGAGGACAGACUGCCAUUUUCAGUAUAAAGUGAGAGGAAAGACUUACUUGAAGGGCAAAGGAACUGAGAUUACCUACUGGCUGACAGGGGUGAAGGACCAGCAGUAUAAUCUCCCAACACCUCCUUCUGUGGAGAAUCAACAGCGAUUGCAAGAUGACUUAGCAGGGAUGAUAACAGAGUCUCUGGGGAAAAGGCAAUCUGAAGGGGUCCUGGUCCGUGAGCCUUCCCGGGUGGGCAGCUACCGAAAAGGCACCCUAGAGUACCUGCAGUUGGCCACCACAGAAAAUUCCACCACCUAUCUGUAAAACUGGAUGUCUAGUGUGACAUAAAAACCAUGUACAGGCUAUGGAAGAUACUACACAGAGGCUGGAGACUGGCACUCUCAGGGAGAGCUGGGGGAAAAAACGAAACUGUUCUCUCUUUGGGAAAUGUCUCUACCACUUGACUUUUUAUCAGCGAAUCAGAUAGACCCUUUGCUGUGGUGCCAAAAUGUAGUUACCUCCAUGCUUGCUGCAUCUUCCCAAUCACCUGACUGCUUCACCCAUGCACAUCCACCCUGAUCUGGGGAAAGAGAAAAUAUCCAUUUGAGACUGAAAGAUAAUUGUCUAAUAUUUUUUUUAAAUGUGAUUGGCUGUUCAAUGACCCAUUUCCCAAAGUCUUCUCUGUAGAGUCUUAAUUUAUCGUGAUUUAAAACUUUGUGUUUAACUGUCAAUUUUUUAUUUGGAAAAAAGUGCCUGUAUGUAUUUUUGAAAAUAUUUAAAAUGUAUGUAGAUAUGGACCUGGAUAUUUUGCAAUUUUGUAAUUUCCCCACUGUAUAUUCUCAAGUGUUUUGUUUAGUCAAAUUAAUCUAGCUCAAAAAAUGGUGCCUCCACUGUUUCUCUAAGGAGAAUAUUCCAAAGUUUGGAUGGUUUCUGAAGCAUAUCUGAAUCUCUUGGGUCUACAGAGUUAAGUUGGAAAUCUUGCAAAAACUGGCUCUGUCAUAGUAUUUCGCUACUUCUGCUUCUGGCCCCAAAACCAGAAACACAUAAACCACUGCAAACAUUAAAAAUAAAACAUAACGGAACAUAACAUAACUUAAAGAGUUUCAUUUCAACUUUUGGGUGAAGUUUCAUGGGUGAGCAUUUUGUUUGGAUUUUAUCUGAGCUGGCUCAACCAUAUGCUAAAAUCAACACUUGAUAUUAAUUAUCCACUUUAGCAAAGAGACAAAAUACAGAUGUGUAACAGAGGAGACAACUGGCAUUUCACUGAAGAAAUAAUCACUAGCAAGCAAGAUUUUGGCAAAUGACUUUCUCUACAUAAGUGGCUUUCAAACUGUGGUCCAUGGACUUGUAAAUGACCUGUAUGCAAAUGGUUGUCUGCAGGGUUGCUUCUGUAACAGUGGUGAAGCAUUAGUCAGUAUUCAAACAAUGAAGCUUACUGCUUGAGCUGUCAUUCAGUCUAGCACUCUUAUUGUUGGAGACCCCAGGGCAUGGCCACUAGUUAAGUCAAAAAAAUAAAAGGCCAUAAGGGUCAAGGAAGUCUCCCUGCUGUAGGCCUAAGGGCUUCUUUUCAACCUCCCUUAAUAAAACUCAGGCCUGGCUGGUUUAAGUAAGCUCUUUUGCUCUUAAAAUAAUGUUGCAGCCGCAAAUAAUGCCUCAUAGUAUAAGGCUUGCUAAUGCCAAGUUAAAAAUAACAAAAAAAAACAGCUACAAAGCCAAACAAAAUGUGCUGGUUGUUUAAGUUGCUAAAAAUGCUUAUUAAAGGUUGCAAAAAAUAAACAUUAUUAUAACCCAUAUAAAACAGGCAAAGUAUUUAUGCAAAGUUUUAAUUGGCUAAUGUGUAGUGCAGUAGCAUUAAAAAAUAUAAAAGUGUGUGUAAUAACCUGCUCUAAUGUGCAGGAUUUGAGAUUCUAUUCUCCCUGUACCUUGUUUGCAGCUGCAAAUAAACUUUCUGCUUCUCCACCCUAUUGGGUAACGCACACUGGGCAACAAACCUCUGCUGUUGUUUGCCUCUGGCACUGGGUGCCGGCAACAGCUUUUGGCGUCCCUGGGUGGGCGUAAGGCUGCAAUUUAGCCUUGCCCGAAUCCCUUCCGGCGGUCAAGGAUUGCAGCGACAACCGACGCCCAGCGCGCACUGGUGAGUUCAUCGGGGGCCUCAAAAAAAACGCAGUACCUCUAUAAUAACAAUAAGAAAACAAAAAUAAAAAUAUCAAAAAAACCCAAAUCAUCCUACCCCCAAAACCCCAAGUAAAAAUGCGGGUAAAAAAUAAAAAAAUUAAUUUUCUAGUAAACUCUAAAGCAGCACAAACUGCUAUAAAUCACCCCUUCAGUUGCCAGUAGCAGACUCCCUCACUGUGAUGGGCGCCACAAGCAAAAAUACCAAGCAAAGCUCUUAAAAAACCCCGAGGUCACGGUGCAGCCUUGUCCAUCCCUUAACCCUGCCACCCUCUUACCAAAAACUAAAAAACAAAAACAUAACUAUUUAAAAAUCAUAAAUGCCCAAUAUUCUAGCCGCCCAAACUUUAAAAAUGUGCCCCUCCCAAAUGCAAAUUAUAAGUGGUACACUAAUAGUAGCAGCAUAGUAAUAAAUAAGCAAAAAAAAAGCGGGUUAUGCUAUUGUAACCCUCAAUAACACCAUAAAAGCUAAAAGUUUGCCCACUAAGACCUCUGCCCAGUUGGCUAAGCUAGUGGCCCUGACCCGUGAACUCAAACUGUCCCAAAAAAAAAGGGUCAAUAUUUUCACUAAUUCCAAAUAUGCUUUUGGUGUGCUGCAUGCUCAUGCUGGCCUGUAAGAACAAAAAAAAAUGCUAACAGCCCAAGGCUCCCCAGUCAAGUACGGGCCCCAAAUUCUACAGCUUCUAAAGGCAGUGCAACUCCCCUUGGAAGUGGCAGUAGUACACUGUAAGGCCCAUCAAAAAAAAAAAUCAAAAUAUAACCAGGAGUAAUGCCAGGGCAUAUAAAAAGACAAAGCAUGCUGCCACCCUGAUGUCCCCUCAAACUAAAAACACCUAUAUGCAUGCCCUUAUCCCAUCAGUAAGGGAGCUCCCAACCCCUCAGUAUUCUUAAAAAAAAAACCCAGCUAGCUAACAAACUUAAUCUCCAAAAAAAAAAAUGGCUUCAUUCCCCAGAAAAAAAAGUCCUCUUACCAAAAGGCCUAAUCCUGCCAAUAUUACAAAAAUUACAUUAAACCACUCGUGCUGGCAAAAAGGCACUUACCCAACUAAUAAAAAAGUACUUUAUAACCUCCAGACUCAGACCCCUGGCUGCCCAGGUACAGGCAAAAUGCCUAGUCUGUCAAAAAAAUAACCCCCGACCAAAACACCCAGUGCCACCAGGGGCCCUGGAACCCACUCCAGGCCCCAGACGGGUGUAGCAAAUAAACUUUACUAAGUUUCCCCGGACCCAAGGGUUCAAAUAUCUCCUUGUCAUAGUAAAUAAAUUCAGCAAAUGGCCAAAAGCCUUUCCAUUUCGCAAUUGCACUGCCAAAACAGUGGCUCUCAAGUUUGUUAAAAAAAUCAUUCCUCGCUUUAGACUUCCCCAGUAAAUAAAAUCUAACAAUAAAACACACUUCACGUCAAAAAUCGUCCAAAUCAUCUCAGACGCUUUACAAAUUCCCUAAAAACUCCAUACACCCUAAAAGCCGCAAGCCAGUAAAGUAGUAAAACAAACCAACCAGACCCUUAAGCAACAUCUCUCAAAAGUAUGCCAAAAAGCCUCCCUACGGUGGCCUAAUGCCCUGCCCCUAGUUCUGCUCCGCAUCCGUGCUCUCCCAAAAAGUAAAUUAGGGCUCAGUCCCUUUAAAACUAUAUUUAAAAAAACAUGGGCUAUAAAUAAUACACCAGUUGCAUCAAAAUAAAAAUUAAAAUUAAAAAAUGGGUUUCGGUCUCAGUAUAUAUAUUCCCUGUCUGCUGUUCUUUUGUCUCUUCACAGGUAUACUAAAAAUUCCCAGCCUCUACCCUUAAACUCACCCAUCCACUCCCUGCAGCCUGGUAAUUCAGUGCUGGUAUGUACCUAAAAAACCAAGCCCCUCCAAAAAAAGUAAAAAAAACCCUAUACCAUCCUUGUAGUCUCCCAUAUGGCAACAAAAGUAAAAAAACACAAAAAUUAAAUUAAUUAUACCUAGCUAAAAGCGGUGUCAACCCCCUCCCCGCCCCCGGCUGAAAGGUAAACUGUGCAUUCAGCCCCCUCCACUAAAAAUCUUAAACUAAAAUUACUAUUCAAACGGCAGCCCGCCGGGAAGGCAAAAAAAUAAAUAAAAAAGCAUUCAUCAACAAACUAAAAAAAAUUGGCUGGGCUCUUUAUUUUCUGGUUAAAGCCUUUCCUUGUAACUAAGUAAAUUGUUUAGCCUAUAAUUUAAGCUUUUUUUCCUGUAUUAAUCAUAUUAUGUUUACUGUGUUGUAUGUAAUCCUGUGUAAAAAUGCUUAUUUUGCAUAGCUUUAAAAAUUUUAAUUUUAUGCAUAGCCCACUAGUAAGCAAUAAAAAUAAAAAAACUCAAGCAACAAAAAUAAGUAUUCUCAAAAAAAAAAUUAUUAAAAACCCCAGGGUGUGGCCACUAGUUAAGUCAAAAAAAUAAAAGGCCAUAAAAAUCAAAAAAGUCUCCCUGCUGUAGGGCUAAGGACUUCUUUUCAACCCCCCCUUAAUAAAACUCAGGCCUGGCUGGUUUAAGUAAGCUCUUUUGCUCUUAAAAUAAUGUUGCAGCCGCAAAUAAUGCCUCAUAAUAUAAAGUUUGCUAACGCCAAAUUAAAAAUAACAAAAGAAACAGCUACAAAGCCAAACAAAAUGUGCUGGUUGUUUAAGUUACUAAAAAUGCUUAUUAAAAGUUGCAAAAAAUAAACAUUAUUAUAAC